UAAUUUUACGGUUCAUGUUACAGAAAUGUAUUAUUCUAGUAGGAGUACACAACUGCUGCUACACUAUUCAUUUAAACAAUGUUUUGUGCAACGUCAAAUUGUGAAAGUACCUAAAUUAUUUGUGCAUCAUAGUGUGCCUGUUCUGUCACCAAAUAGCAAAUUAAGCAGUAGUGUUCCUGACAUCAAGGAAUUUAUUUUAAAUUCUAAUCCUGUCAUUGUUAAUGAAGAAGUUGAAGAUAUUGUACCACCAUAUUUAAGAGAGAUUCCUUUUCAUGUUGGAAAAAAGGUUUAUUUUGAGACAUAUGGAUGUCAAAUGAAUGUGAAUGAUUCUGAAUAUGCCUGGGCUAUUUUGCAAAAGAAAGGAUAUGAAAGGACUAAUGAUAUUACUGAAGCUGAAGUUAUUCUUUUAGUUACUUGUUCGAUUCGAGACAAGGCUGAAGAAAAAAUAUGGUCACGUCUUCAUGUUUUGAAAAAACUAAAACAAGAGUCUGUAAAAUCAGGAUUUCCAAAGAUUGGAAUUUUGGGUUGUAUGGCUGAACGACUUAAAAAAGAAAUUGUGGAAAAGCAAAAAGCAGUAGACGUUGUUGCAGGGCCAGAUGCGUAUCGUGAUUUACCGAGGUUAUUAGAAGAAUGCUCAGAAAAUUCAACAGCAACAAUAAAUGUAAUGUUAUCAAUGGACGAAACUUAUGCUGAUAUCAUGCCAGUUCGUUUCAAUGAAAAAUCUAAAAAGGCAUUUGUUUCAAUUAUGAGAGGUUGUGACAACAUGUGCAGCUAUUGCAUUGUACCUUUUACACGUGGGAGAGAAAGAAGUCGGCCUGUGUCAUCUAUCUUAGAAGAAGUUAAAACCCUUUCUGAUAAGGGUAUCAAAGAAGUGACACUCCUCGGACAAAAUGUAAAUAGCUACAGAGAUAUUUCUGAAUCCCACCAUGUAUCUGAGCAUACAACUUCAUUAGCUAAGGGGUUUAAAACUAUUUAUAAACCCAAAAUUGGUGGGUUAAGAUUUGCUGAUUUAUUAGAUAAGGUGUCAUUGAUAGACCCUGAAAUGCGUAUUCGUUUUACCUCACCCCACCCAAAAGAUUUUCCUGAUGAAGUUUUACAAGUUGUUAAAGAUAGAUCUAACAUAUGCAAACAACUACACAUGCCUGCACAAAGUGGAAGUACUGUUAUACUAGAAAAAAUGAGAAGAGGUUACUCUAGAGAGGAUUAUUUGGAAUUAGCUCAAAAAAUUCGAAACUUCAUACCUGGAGUUACUCUAUCAUCAGACAUGAUCGCAGGAUUUUGUGGUGAGACUGAAUCUGAUCACAAAGAUACAUUAAGCCUAAUGCGUGAGGUAAAAUAUGAAAACGCUUUCAUGUUUGCUUAUAGCAUGAGAAAGAAAACCCAUGCCUAUCAUAAAAUGAAAGACGAUGUACCUCAUGAUGUAAAAAAUAGACGUUUGAGGGAGAUAAUAGAUUGUUAUCAUAAUAAUUUAACUGAAAUAUUACCUAAACACAUUGGGAAAAUACAAUUAGUACUGGUCGAUGGAACAAGCAAAAAAUCUAAAAUAGAAUUACUAGGUAGGAAUGAUGGGAAUAUCAAAGUUGUCUUUCCUGAUGUAGAUAUUUUUGAAACUGUUGGUUGCGUGAAAACAGAAUAUAAAAGAAAGGCUGAACCUGGUGAUUAUGUUGUGGUAAAAAUCACUGAUAUCAGGGGUUUUACUCUCCUAGGAGAACCUCUAAGUUUUGUAUCAUUAACAGAUUUUAGUACUUAUUACCCAUCUCCAUUAUGAUGAUCAAUUAGAAUAUUAGAUGCUUAAAAAAUAAUUGUUUGCACUCUAUUUUUCAAAAUUGUUACUUUGGACAUUUUGUAUUUAUUUUUGUUGUUGAUUGGAUUCAUAAGAGAUGAGGUUUUCCAAUUUAUUCUUGGCAACUAAUCAAAGAGGCCUACCGCCCGAUUCUCAUUCUGAGUAUUGGAAUGGUUCAUCUAUUCCAGGAGUGCACAACCUUUUUGCUAUUGGCGGCCACAUUGCAUUUAUUUUUAUACAAUACGGCCGCCAGGAGGUUAAUAGCGCGCCGAAGGCCGUGCAAAAUUUUUUGGCUUUAUGACGUCAUAACCGCGUAUUUGACCCGUGCGAGGUGCACUCUGCCCAAUUAUGAAGUAUGUAGGACUACUUGGAAGUAUAAUAUUCGCAUUUUAGAAGGAUUUUUUUUCUUCGGUGGACC